UGUGUUUACAACACUCUUGAAUAUAAACAUCAACUUCAGAAACAUUCGCAAAUAUGGAAUUUUUCUGGGCUCUGGCAUUUCUACUAAUAUACAGUAUAGAGAACACAAAUGGAAACUGUGAAGGAUCUUUAGAUUUGGAAAAUGGCCGUAUUUUUAAUACAGUGAAGAAUUUUGCGAUCUUUCGUUGCAAUCUCGGUUAUAUUUUGCAAGGAAAUACUUUUCACUCCUGCUAUCCAGAAGGUCGUCUUCGGGGUGAAAAACCAUUCUGUGCCAGGAGCGGCUGCGAAAAACUCAAGGAUCCUGAAAACGGACGAGUUCUUGAUAAUCCCUUGAAAGCGGAAGUCAUGUGCUUAGAUGGUUUUGUGCUGGUUGGAAGUCGCACUGCCUACUGUGAUGGAGAAAAGUGGAGUACUCAGCUGGGGUCCUGUCGAAGGAGCAAUCAUACGAAAGAUCACUCCUGUGACUUCGAGACCGAAGAUUUGUGUGGCUGGGAGGCGGAGGAGAGUGUCUGGUUAUCGUGGAAGCGGAUCAGCGUGGUGUCCGACUUUCAUGACGUAAGAACGGGACCCCGAUACGAUCACACUGUCGGCAACAGUUCAGGAGGACACUAUAUGCUCAUGGAAUCCCGAUACCAGUCUAAUGGCUACUACCAUUUGGUAUCGCCUAUCUAUCCGAAGUCCCUCUGUCUAAAGAACGCCUGCUGUUUCCGGUUCCACUAUUUUAUGUUCGGAGCAGGAGUGGAUCGGCUGGUGGUAUCCCUAAAACCCGUUUCGAUGCGAAUUGAGAACAUGUGGAACAGUACUAAAAAAUUUGAGGUGACCGGCUCUCAGGGAACCCACUGGCUGGAGCAAACAAUAACCAUCGACAAAAUGCAGGAGGAUUUUCAGGUGGUCUUCAUGGCCAAGGAUGCGAGGUACCAAUUCGGAGACAUUGCCAUCGAUGACGUCAAGCUAAUGACGGGCAGGGAGUGUGAAGUGGGUGGGUAUACCACAUCCACCGAAUCAACACCAUCACAAAUAACCAGCAGCGAAGAGCCAUUUGUCUAUGACAUGAUGAGCUGCACUGGUCGUUGUGGAUCCAAAAGUCCCGCGAUCCCACUAUUUUCCGAUGAGGGUAUCAUCUUGGGUUGUGGAUGUGAUGAUUCUUGUCUUCUGGACGACGAUUGUUGCCCUAAUUUUUUCAAAGAAUGCGUUAAGGAGCUGGACAUAGCACCAGAUGAUGAUCUAAGCUCACCAAAAUUAACAACCUCUUCACCAAGGCCAACAGCAACCUCCUUAAGAGUAAAAACAGAUUCUACAAAAACCACAAUGCAGAGUUCUAAGACACCAACGACUACGACGACUUCAACAACGCCCAGGACAACAACGAUUUUAACAACAUCAGAGACAACAAGUACAAGAAAAUUGAAUGCCACUUUAACCGGAAAAACAGCAACCAAAACGGUUUUUGCAAAAACAACCACACAAACAACUACAACAACAUUAAUUAGGAAACAGAUUGCAGAAACCGCCUCAUAUAAUCGGACAACGGAUGUUGAACUUCAAGGCCACAUGGAUAUAAGUAAUGGUAAUCCCAGCCCAGCCCUAAUAGUUCUCUACCUGCUCGUCGGCGUAGUCCUGGUGUUAGUAUUGGCCAAUGUCAAACAAGCCUGCAACAUCCUUUUUAAGAGAUCAAUACCUAACGAGAAGGUAGUCAGUUUCCAAAAGGCAUUUGGAACUGUAAAGAAAGCGAGGGGAUCGUCCCAGAAUCGGGAUAGCAUGGAUCAGCAUUUGUGCGAUACCUCUACCGAGGACUUGGAUUAUGAGGACAUAUGAUACUGUACGUAUUAAUGUCAGAGUAAGUGUUGAGUGAAAUAACAGAAACAAUGUUUGGGACUGAAAAAUUUAAGUAUACUACAUAAUAUUAUAGGGUGUGACACUGAAAUAUCUCUUACUUCAACAUAAGUUCCAUUCGGAUA